AUGAAGAGGAAAUCCAGAUCGUUUGACAUGAAGAAGUCCUUUAGAAUGAAAGUUUUGUGGACCACCGAGCAGGCAUUCACAAGGCCUAUCCUGGCCGAGGCAGCGGGCAGCGGAGUCGGAUUUGGCGUACGAUCCAACGGCCGCAGGUUGUGGAAAUUCACGCCGCGCUCGGACAGGCGAAAGCGGGGAGGGCGUAGGAAUCCCCCUUCAUCCGAGCCAGCCACUGGAACAAGACAUCGGUGGAUAGGGUCCCGGGAGCGCCACGGGACAAAGCGGCGAAGUGGCGGAUCAAUAUGUCCCAUGAAAGACGACGGUGGAGUGGGAGAGGCCGCGAAACAGCCCCUUAAUCGAACCAGUCUUCCACUUCGCUUCCCUCGGCGGCGUCUGCGGCUUCUGCGUAAAGGUGCAGCGGGCCCACGAAGCAGCAACUCCAUCGUUAAGUUUGCUGAUGACACCACCAUCAUAGGACUGAUUAGAGACAACGAUGAAUCAACCUACAGGGAGGAGGUCCAGCAUCUGCGACGAUGGUGUCACCACAACAACCUGAACCUCAACACCGGAAAAACCAAGGAGAUGGUCUUGGACUUUAGAAGACCAAAGCAAACUGAGCACUCCACCCUCUACAUCAAUGGAGAGGAGGUAGAGAGGGUGGAGAGCUUCAGGUUCCUCUGGGUCCACAUCUUCCACCCACAUCUCACACCAGGUGGAGAGGGCCCAACAGAGACUGUACUUCCUCAGGAAGCUGCAUCAGGCUGAUCUCCCCGACAAGCUGCUCAUAAACUUCUAUCGCUCCACCACUGAGAACAUACUGACCUACUGCUGUACAGUGUGGUUCACCUGCUGCACUGCAGAAGACAGGAAGGACCUGCAACGGGUGGUGAGAGCAGCAGAGCGGGUGAUUGGGACCACACUACCUCCCCUCAGAGACAUUUACACCAGCAGAGUUCAGAGGAAAGCUAGGAGAAUCACCAGAGACCCCUCACACCCAGGACACUCUCUGUUCUCCCCUCAGGUAGACACUACAGGACACUCUCUGUUCUCCCCUCAGGUAGACGUUACAGGACACUCUCUGUUCUCCCCUCAGGUAGAUGUUACAGGACACUCUCUGUUCUCCCCUCAGGUAGACGUUACAGGACACUCUGUUCUCCCCUCAGGUAGAUGUUGCAGGACACUCUCUGUUCUCCCCUCAGGUAGAUGUUACAGGACACUCUCUGUUCUCCCCUCAGGUAGAUGUUACAGGACACUCUCUGUUCUCCCCUCAGGUAGAUGUUACAGGACACUCUCUGUUCUCCCCUCAGGUAGACGUUACAGGACACUCUGUUCUCCCCCCUCCCCUCAGGUAGACGUUACAGGACACUCUCUGUUCUCCCCUCAGGUAGACGUUACAGGACACUCUCUGUUCUCCCCUCAGGUAGACGUUACAGGACACUCUCUGUUCUCCCCUCAGGUAGACGUUACAGGACACUCUCUGUUCUCCCUCAGGUAGACGUUACAGGACACUCUCUGUUCUCCCCUCAGGUAGACGUUACAGGACACUCUCUGUUCUCCCCUCAGGUAGACGUUACAGGACACUCUCUGUUCUCCCCUCAGGUAGACGUUACAGGACACUCUGUUCUCCCCCCUCCCCUCAGGUAGACGUUACAGGACACUCUCUGUUCUCCCCUCAGGUAGACGUUACAGGACACUCUCUGUUCUCCCCUCAGGUAGACGUUACAGGACACUCUCUGUUCUCCCCUCAGGUAGAUGUUACAGGACACUCUCUGUUCUCCCCUCAGGUAGACGUUACAGGACACUCUCUGUUCUCCCCUCAGGUAGAUGUUACAGGACACUCUCUGUUCUCCCCUCAGGUAGACGUUACAGGACACUCUGUUCUCCCCCCUCCCCUCAGGUAGACGUUACAGGACACUCUCUGUUCUCCCCUCAGGUAGACGUUACAGGACACUCUCUGUUCUCCCCUCAGGUAGACGUUACAGGACACUCUCUGUUCUCCCCUCAGGUAGAUGUUACAGGACACUCUCUGUUCUCCCCUCAGGUAGAUGUUACAGGACACUCUCUGUUCUCCCCUCAGGUAGACGUUACAGGACACUCUCUGUUCUCCCUCAGGUAGACGUUACAGGACACUCAGAGCCAAAACCAACAGACUCAAAAGCAGAUUUUAUCCCCAAGCUGUCAGAUGUCUGCUCCCUCCCCCUGAAUGAUGAUAUCACAUACCUACAGUGCAAUUCAUACAAUGUGACUAUUUUUAAUGCUGCUAUUUGGAGAGUACUAAACUGAUUUUCAUUGUUUUCUGUAACAGUGACA